AUGUUUGACUUCACGCACAUUUUUAUCGGAAUCCACACUUCGCUUGCCAUCGUCGGAUGCUUCUUCAAUUUGUUUCUCAUCUACUUGGCAUUGUUCCGAACACCGAGGGUUAUUCGAUCAUACACGACUCUCAUCAUCAAUUUCGCAAUCACUGAUUUCUUCGCAUGCUUCUUCGACUUAUUCGUAGAGCAGAGAAUAAUUCCUGCUGGAACAACAUUGGGCUACAUUUCAAGCGGAAUAUGCAAACAUUUCGGACCAAGAGCUUGUUAUAUUGGAUAUAGCCUCAUGCUCCACUGCCUUUCCCAUUCGCUAUGGUCCCUUCUUCUCUCAUUCUCCUACCGCUACUACAUUUUAUUCAAGCCAGCUCCAUCUCGUCUAUUCAACGCAAUAAUCAUUUUUAUCAUAUACCAGUUUUCCUUCUUCCAAUUCGUUUCAUUUCUCUGGGCAUUCGAUGAUCCAGAAGAAAUUCGCGAAAUUCUCCACCAAAAAUUUCCGCAUUACGAGCUUUCUGGAGUAGUGACAGGCACCAAAAAUAUCAUCAAUUUUUCUGCAUUAUUCACAAUUCUCCAUAUGACAGUACCAAUAACACCGGUCUACAUAUGCAUUCUUAUAUUACGAAGACUUAUCAAAAAGCGUUUAUCUGUGAAAGGAAUCAGUGUGACAAAAGAUACAAAAAACAUGCACACACAAUUGUUGAUGGCGUUGACUUACCAGGCAGUGAUUCCGGGCUUUUAUUUCUUCAGUGUGAUCUCGUACACAAUCGGCCAACUCGGCAUCUACAAUCAUCCGGCGCUCGAAUAUUUCACGUUCUCCUCAGUCCUCUUCAUUCCUGUUUUUUCCCCAUUAGCCUCGUUUGUCUUCGUGACUCCUUAUAGGAAAUUCCUAAUACGAUUGUUUUAUAAAAUCGCGCAAGUUGAGUAUAUCGAGACUUCCUUAUCGUAUAUCCGCGGAACAUCUCAGGUUGCAGCGAUCGGCUAA